CACAACGACCACAAGAACGACAAGAUGGCGGACGAGCUGCUGGAGCAGAACCAGGAGAUCACCGACGUGGUGGAGGGGCUGCGCGGCUGCUGGGAGAGCGACAAACACUGGCGGGUGCGCAGGAACUUUCUGAUCAGGAACCUGUCCGACUACCAGAGCGAGGGCAAGAGCAUGGAAGACCUGGACGACCUAGUCGCGCUCUCCAUGGUCUGGUCCAACCACGUCUUCAUGGGCUGCCGUUAUAAUGAUGACCUCAUGGAGAAGGUAUUGGAAAUGGCAGAUGGAGUUGAAAUUGAAGAUGCGCCACAGUUCACUACCAGAGAUGAGAUCAUGAAAGAGAGACGGUAGAAGUAUUAGCCACGACAGAUUUUUUUUAAAGAGUUCCUGACGAAUGUUUCCAAAGAGGAAGCAUGCAAGUUGGAUGGGGACAGGGGAUGAA